AUGGACAGUAACCUGGAAGGUGAUGAGGUGGAGUUUCGCAAACAUGCCAAAUAUUUUAUACGAUUUCUGCACACACUGCCCGAGCGUCUAGCAUCGCACGAUUCUACCAGAGUCACCAUCGCUUUUUUCGCCGUCAGCGGGUUGGAUGUGUUAAAUUCGCUGGACAUGCUAACCGACACCUUCCAGCAGGACAUUAUCAACUGGAUCUACAAGCUGCAAGUCGUGCCGAAACCGGGUGAACGUGCGUACGGUGGCAUACAGGGGUCGAGCACUUUCGACGUGAUCGAUACGCCGGAAAACUGUGGCCUGCAGCUGUACCGAUGGGGCCAUCUAGCGAUCACGUACACGGGUAUUGCCGUGCUGGUAGCGCUCGGAGAUGAUCUGUCUCGGUUAAACCGAAGAGCCAUAAUCGAGGGUGUGGCAGCGGUACAGCGGGACGAUGGUAGCUUCGGUGCCACGAUCGAGGGAAGCGAGCAGGAUAUGCGGUUUGUUUACUGUGCGGCCGCAAUAUGCGCCAUGCUGAACGAUUGGGGUCGUGUGGAUCGUAAAAAGAUGGCCGACUAUAUCCUUAAGAGUAUCCGGUACGAUUACGGUAUCAGUCAGCACUACGAGAUGGAAUCGCAUGGUGGCACGACGUUCUGUGCGAUUGCCGCCCUGGAACUCAGCGGGCAGCUAAACCUACUCACACAGGACACACGGGAAAAGAUCGUUCGGUGGCUUAUCUUCCGUCAGCAGGAUGGUUUCCAAGGCCGUCCGAACAAACCGGUCGACACGUGUUACUCGUUCUGGAUCGCGGCCACGCUCAAGAUACUGAACGCGUUUGAACUGACCAGCUUCAAGGACAAUCGAGAUUACGUACUCUCGACGCAGGACGCAACGGUGGGUGGGUUUUCCAAGUGGCCCCAAGCGUACACGGAUCCGUUCCAUUCCUACUUCGGUUUGUGUGGGCUUAGCUUUCUGAACGAACCCGGUCUUCAGGAGGUGAUGCCCAGCCUCAACAUAUCGAUGCGUGCCUACCGACGGUUGCAGGGACUGCAGCGUGACUGGAGCCUGCUAGAGGAAGGGCUUGCGUCCGGCAAUGGGGAGGUGACCGUACAUAUAGAGUAG